AUGAAGAGCACACUUCUCUUGGCCGGGGCUUUUGCUCCCUUUGCCCUCGCUGAGUCUCUCUGCGAGCAGUAUGGAUACCUCGCCAACGACGGCUAUGCAUUCAACAACAACGCCUGGGGCAAGGACUCAGGAUCUGGUGACCAGUGUACCUACGUAGACUGGUCUAACAGCAACGGUGCUGCAUGGCACGUUGAGUGGAACUGGUCCGGUGGCCAGGAUAGUGUUAAAUCUUAUCCUAACUCGGCUCUCCAGAUUGGAACGGACAAGAAGAUAGUUAGCUCCAUCACCAACAUGCAGUCUACCGCCGAAUGGACCUACAGUGGUGAUAGUAUCCGUGCCGACGUUGCUUACGAUCUUUUCACUGCUGCGGACCCUAACCAUGACACCUCGAGCGGCGAGUACGAGCUUAUGGUCUGGCUUGCUCGAUAUGGCGAGGUUCAACCCAUUGGAACCCUGCAGACAAGCGUUACUAUCGAGGGCCAUACUUGGGAGCUCUGGGUUGGCAUGAAUGGCAGUAUGAAGGUGUUCAGCUUUGUUGCACCCACCCCGGUCAAUGACUUCAAUGCCGAUAUCAAGCAAUUCUAUGACUAUCUCGCUAAGUCACAGAACUACCCUGCCAGCGAGCAAUACCUCCUCACCUUCCACUUUGGUACCGAACCCUUCACUGGAGAGAAUGCUAAAUUCUCCGUCACCAACUUCAAUGCCCACCUUAAAUAA